GUAGUAUGAUGUUUCUAUCCUGGACCUCUGCAAAAAAUCAGGCUAGUGAUUUUGGCGUCACGAUGGAGCUUUUCUCCAUGUUUCAUGUUAUUUUGGCUACAGGGCUACAGGGCUACCCGGCACUUCUUCAUCUGCUUGGGGCUUCUCAUCCAGAAACAUUUAAUAUCCAAGUGUUUCGUCCAUCUGGAUACAUCAGGCAGAGUUCGAUUAUGUUUCAAUUGAGAUAGCUUGAUCAUCUCGAACAUUGUUAUAUCGCCUUGACACAUCGCGGGAAGCUGGUACUUCCAAUAAGGGUCUUACCUAGCGAUACAUUUUUGUCUUUUAUAUCUUGUCUUUGCCAAUUGACAUCAUGUCUUUGGAAUAUUCCUACUACCGGCCGACAACACCCCCGGGUGCCCAAUUGGGGGAGCUCCUUGGAGUUGGUCAUUGUCGCAGCGCCUCCGAUUCAUCUAUAUACUCAAACGACUCUUCACCAUGGUCUGUGGCCACCUCCGCUACAAGCCCUAGGUCUCCACCUCGUCAUCACCACGGACCGGCCCUUCUUCCCAAGAUUCGACUCCAGGAUGUGGUGGUUGAGCCCGUGUCUACCGGUGGACCGCAGCGCCACCGUCGAGUCUUGUCCAACACCAGAAACCCUCCAGGCUUUGUUCCAUACCCGUCCAGUCGUCCACCUGUUCAGCACAACAUUAUGGAGCCCGCGGAUUGCUUGCCUCUUGUUUCUCCUAUUUCAACCAACUCGGUGUACAGCUCCUGCAAUGGCUCAGCGCUAUCGUCUCCCGUGAGUAUCACGCCAUCAGUCAAGCGCAAGGCCUCUGGCGGACACUCUCGAUCUGGCUCCGGCUCUAGUGUUGACGAAGCGACUCUGGGCCGAUAUGGAUAUCCAACCUACCGGCAACUUCCCAAAUACAUUUCUCCACCGCAAGCCUCUCCCACGGCACCAAUCACUCCCAAUAUCAUCGUAUACCCGUCCUACUCACAGUCCCCUCCGCUCGAGCCAGUCCAACGCCCCCGGGGUCCGUCGCAAACCCCGGCUCCGUUUGCUAUCUCAACCCCCCAGUACAGUUACUCCCGGUCCUCGAGCGCACAGCACUCUCCCGUCGGUCUUGUCCACCAUGUUGAUGAAGCAGCUCCUCCAUCCACUUCCACUACUCUGUUAUCAUACCUGACUGGACCAACUCAGGCUAUCAACCUAGUACGCAACGUGAGUGUUGUUCCGACUCGAGGCCUUCACGACUACUUUUGGUGGGAUAUUCGGAACCUGCGCAGCUGGAAAUCUUUCUCUCUCCCGACAUUCAACGCAAUCAAUGGACUCACCAAGCUUCUGAAGACGGAAAUCCCUUCGCACCUCACUCCACCCGUCAUGGUUCCAAGCUCUUCUCUAGCCCCGGAAUCCGAACCGGCAUUGGUCGGUCUUAUCCGGGACAUCUACGCUCCCCGCGUGAAUGCUGCCCUGGCAGUAUCUCAAGGCCCUGAUCACCUCAGACUCUACCCUGCACCAAACAUGCGCACCCCCGGUAACAAGAACUAUGGAGGACCGCACUUCUUGGCCAACUAUGCAUCGGAUACGGAGCGGACGAGCUCAGGGCUGCCCCGCGGGCGUCUGGUUGGUGUGGUCAAGAGCUUCGAUCGCUGGAACACAGGAAUGCGCAAUGAAGCGCCUCACCGGCGCGUGGAAUAUCUGAACGGCCUGGCACACUUGCAACGGUGCAUGCGCGAACACUCCUGCCGGUAUGGCUUCAUCAUGACCGAAAUCGAGCUGGUGUGCGUGCGAGCCGGGUGUGACGAUGGCGACGACGUGCCCUACUUUGGAUACCUGGAGAUAUCCGCCCCGAUCCCGACCAAGACGGCAUUUGGAGGAGACGCACGACCGCCUUCAGACCAUCACUACGCUUUCACCGACCCCUCCACACCGUCCAGCGACGGUUCCUACUCCCGCAGCCAAUCCCCAGCAUCUUCAGUAGCAGAGGCUCUUGACGUGCCCAUGACUGCCAGCCUGGCGCUGUAUUUCCUGCUGAUGCUUUCCAAAUCCGUGCCAUUGCCAUCACAACCAUCCGCUCACCUCAACGUCGGCGGACCGGGGGCAUUAACCCGCCAACGUAUCCUCCCAGAAGAAAAGGACAAAUGGAUCCCGCAGCCGCAGAUUGGCGAGCGGCGCGAUGCCAAGAGAGUACGGGGGUGGGUAUGGCCUCAAGAUGCAUGGCAUCGACGCGAGGGUGGAGGAGUGCCUCGUACCAAAGUGAAUGUGGCCGUGGAACCGAGGCCAAAAAAAUGGCAUAAAUGAUUCUGGAUGAUAUUUUUCUUUCUUAAAUUACUAAUUCUCUUUCGGGACCCUUUGUUUGAAUAGUAAUAUAAUUUCUUUCCUUUUACAUUGUUUCUUUGUUUGGAGCGUACUGUGUAUACGGAGUACUGGC